AAACCGCCACCCAAUAAGCAUAACAGAGCGAGAAAAUGGGGGAGGGAGAGAAGAAACCCGAGGAGAAGAAAGUAGAAGACUCUAAUAAAGAUGGAGAAGCGAAGAAAGCAGAAGAAGAGAAUAAAGAAAAGAAGGAGGAAUCCAAGGCUGAAAAGCCAGUCGAGGAGAAAAAAGAUGAUAAGAAAACAGAGGAAUCCAAGGAUGCCAAAGAAACCGACACCAAGGAAUCCAAGGAACCACCUCCACCCCAAGAGAUUGUGCUCAGAGUCUACAUGCAUUGCGAGGGAUGUGCAAGGAAGGUCAGAAAAUGCUUGAGAGGAUUCGAAGGAGUCGAAGAUGUUCAGACCGAUUGCAAGACUCAUAAGGUGGUUGUGAAGGGGGAAAAGGCCGAUCCGUUGAAGGUCUUGGACAGAGUUCAACGGAAGAGUCAUAGACAGGUUGAGCUUCUCUCUCCGAAACCGAAACCUCCGGCAGAAGAUGCGAAGAAGGAUGAAGACAAAAAAGAAGAAGUUAAACCAGAAGAGAAGAAAGAAGAGCCUCAGGUGAUCAUAGUGGUGUUAAAGGUCCACAUGCACUGCGAAGCCUGCGCGCAGGAAAUCAGAAAACGAAUACAGAGGAUGAAAGGAGUCCAAGCAGCGGAUCCGGAUUUGAAGAACUCACAGGUAACAGUGAAGGGCGUCUUCGACCCACCAAAGCUGGUUGAGUACGUGUACAAGAGAACAGGGAAGCACGCAGCGAUCGUGAAGCAAGAGCCAGAGAAGAAAGAGGAGGAGAAGGGGAAGGAAGAGAAAGAAGAAAAGAAAGGCGAAGAGAAAGACAAGGGAGGAGACGGUGGCGAGAAGAAGGAAGAAGGAGAAGGCAAGGCAGAAGCAGGAGCUGGAGCUGGGGAAGACGAGACAAAAGUAGAAUUGAUAAAGAAUGAAUUCGUGUAUUACUAUCAGUAUCCCACCAAAUACGUCCCGGAAUACGUGUACCCUCCUCAGAUCUUCAGUGACGAAAACCCCAAUGCCUGUUCGGUUAUGUAACAAAACCCCAUUACAAGAAAAAAUGUUAAAAUUAUUGGGGAAAAUUGCGUA